AUGUUUAAAUUUGUACUAUUCGCUGCUCUUGUGGCGUUCGCAGCCGCCAAGCCUCUUGUGUUCGAAUACCCUGUGGCUGCCGCAUACACUGCACCUGUAGCAGCGGCGUACACAGCACCCGUCGCCUACUCCGCCUAUUCGACCUACACCGCGCCUGUAGCGUACUCGGCUUACACCUACGCCUCGCCCUAUGCUUACUAUGUUCGCUGA